CUCCAAAUUCCAAAACCCUUGGUAAGCCUCUCUGGUCCUCUCCGCUCCUGCUGCUCGAUGGAAGGCGGCAGCCGGAGCCCGUGUCCUUUAGACAUGGACUUCUCCACGCAAAUCGCCGCUCUUCUUUCACCGCCAUCCGCUGAAUCCGUCAAGGAUUACUAUGCUGAGCUUAUUGCAAUAAGAAAAUGCCCUGGUCUGAAGAUUAACUUCAACAAUGAUAGUGGCAAAGCUGUUUUUUCUGUCAAAGAAUUUGAGGAAGGAGAACUUGUUCUAAAGGAUCCAGUACUUGUGGCAGCUCAACACACUACAAAUAAGGUUGAUUGCCUUGUAUGUAGUCAUUGCUUUCGGUUUAUUGGUUCGGUGGAACUUCAAAUUGGUAGGAAACUCAUUCUGCAAGAUUUGGGCCUAACUGAUGAUAAUGAAAAAGAUUGCACAAUGGCAUCACACAAUGUGGGAACAGAUUCCCUUUUCGAUAGAAAAGAUGAUACAAGCACAAGUACUUACCAAAAUUUGAAGAAAAAUUACAUAUCUGGAGAAGUGCUAGAAUCACUAGUCGGGGGCAAGCUAUCUUUGCCUUUCUCAAGUAUAUUUUCUUUACCUUCAGUUUUUGAUUGUCCUGGCGGGUGCAAAGAGGAGCACUAUUGCAGCAAAUCAUGUGCAGAUUCAGAUUGGGAAUUCGUUCAUUCUAUACUCUGCACUGGGAGGAACAAAGAAUCAUCGCAAAGGGAUGCAAUGCUCAAGUUCAUAGAACAUGCAAACAGUACAAAUGACAUUUUCAUUCUUGCUGCAAAGGUGAUCUCAUUCGUGAUUCUGAGAUUCAAGAAACUAAAACAGCUAUGUUUAAAAAAGAAUGAAAAGUGCACUAAACUAGUGGGAAUUGACUUCCCUUUGUUAUUGGAAGCUUGGAAGCCAGUUUCAAUGGGCUUCAAGAAAAGAUGGUGGGACUGUAUUGCUUUGCCAGAUGAUGUCGAUGCAUCUGAUGAACAAUCGUUUAGAAUGCAAAUAAGAGAUCUUGCUUAUACUUCUCUACUACUUCUCAAGAAAUCAAUUUUUGAGGAUGAAUGUGCUCCUUUAUUUUCGCUUGAGAUAUAUGGGCAUAUUAUUGGCAUGUUUGAGCUGAAUAAUCUUGAUCUAGUUGUGGCUUCACCAAUUGAGGAUUAUUUCAUCUACAUUGAUGAACUUCCUUCUCCAGACAAGGAAGAAGCUGAGAAACUAACACGACCAUUCCUUGAGUCUCUAGGUGAUGAAUAUUCUGUUUGUUGUCAAGGCACUGGAUUCUACCCUAUACAAAGCUGUAUGAAUCAUUCUUGCCUCCCCAAUGCCAAAGCAUUCAAAAGAGAUGAGGAUAAAGAUGGCCAAGCUGUCAUAAUUGCAGUGCGCCCAAUACUCGAAGGAGAGGAGAUUACUAUUUCAUAUAUCGACGAGGAUCUCCCUUACGAAGAAAGACAAGCUCUCCUUGCAGAUUAUGGCUUUAAAUGCAUGUGUCCAAGAUGUGUGGAAGAGAUGCCAAACAAUCAACUCGAAGAGGAGAUUGUUUCGACAACUUAAAGAGGGCAUUGUAGAUUAUAUCAGAUAGUCUAGUUAUUUUAGACCUUUUAUAAGCUAAAUGAAUUAAUCACUCAAGUUAUAAAUGUUUGAGCACGAUGUCCUGAUAUAAAUUUAGAAAUUUCUUAUUGGGAUUGUAAA